AUGCCUCCUAGACAGGACCCAACUAACGCUCAGCUCGCUCAGGCCAUGGCUCAAUUGGCCCAAGUGGUGGCUCAGCAGGCCAAUGCUAGUGUUACGAUGGCCGCUGCCCAAGCUCAGAGAGAGGCUGAAGAACAUGCCAGAAGGGCGCAGAGGUUGGAACGGGAGCUGAACCAGGAUCAGGUCAGGAUGAGAACUGAUUUCAAUCGGCAGAACCCGCCAAAGUUUGAAGGGGAAGUUGAACCCGAGAAAGCGGAUCUUUGGAUCCAAGAGCUGGAAAAGAUUUUUGAAGCUUUGCACACAACUGAUGGAGAGAAGGUGAAUCUCGCUACCUUCAUGCUGAAAGGGGAUGCAGAGUACUGGUGGAGGAGCACCAGGCUGUUGAUGACGACUAACCAGGUGGCUAUUACCUGGGAUUCAUUCAAAACAGCUUUUCUGAACAAGUACUUUCCAGAGACUGCAAGAGAUGAUAUGGAGAACCGUUUCCUCAGACUGAAACAAGGAAGCAUGACUGUUGGGGAAUAUGCAGCCAAGCUUGAGAGUCUGUCGAAGUACUUUCGCUUCUUCCGAGAACAAGUUGAUGAAGGGUAUCUCUGCAACCGUUUCAUGAUUGGUUUGAGGGAUGAAAUUGAGGAGUCCGUCAAACCUUUGGGAGUCAGAGUCUUUCAACAACUGGUUGAGAAGUCUCGCGAGGUUGAGGUCAUGAAGAAUCGUCGAGGGAACCGACAGGAAAAUGGAGGGCCAAUCAGGUCUGGUCAGAAACAAGCUGGGAAGACUGAAAAGGGUAGGGCUGGUCAGAAGAAGCCUUAUCAGAAUGCAACUGGUAGGACAUCAUCUACCAAAGUCGAAGCAAAAACUCCGAGAGAAGAUGUUACUUGUUUCAAGUGUAAUGAGAAAGGGCACUAUGCCAAUGAAUGUGGGAAAGAGAUUACUUGCUGGAAGUGCCAGAAGACGGGGCACAUCUCGACAAACUGUCCUGAUGCGCCAAUAGCUGAACCUGUGUUGAAUACGGCAAGGGGGAGACGUCCAGUUGCUAAGGGACGUGUCUUUGCUGUUACUGGCAAGCAAGCUGAGGGUGUUGAAGAUCUUAUUCAGGAUACUUCAUAUCAGGUGCAGGGUGUUGUGACAAAUUGGAUGGAUGACACAAUUGUCUCUUGGUUUUGUUGUGUUGCUGUGAAUUUCAUGGAGAGGCUUUCAAGUACAACACACAUGACUUGCUAA